UGGGAUGAGCCUGGCUUUGGAGAGGGAGACCUCCUGCUGCAGCCAGCCCUCACUGCUCUCCACGAGCUGGUGGGGGGGUCCCUCCGUGGAGUGCUCAGGGGAUGGUGAGGGCAAGUGGCCACCUCCCCUUCCACAGCGAGCCAGGACAGCCCAGUGACAGCCAGGACACAGGCACAGCAUGGUCACCUCCUCAGACCCCACCACCAUGGAAAUCCCCCCCAGGAGCCCUGAUGGGAGCGAGAGGUCUCCUCCCUCCAGGGAGCUCAUCACCAGUCGCACGGGGAGCACCCUGUGCAUGAGCUCCCGCAGCGAGUCCAUCUGGACCAGCACCUCCAGGAGCAAGUGGGAGAUCUACCACAAGCCUGUGAUCGUGGUGUCUGUUGGAGCUGCCCUCUUCCUCUUCGGGACGGUCAUCAUCAUCCUGUCCUGCUUCCUGAACGAUGAGAAAAACGUUUUUAAAAUGUCUGGCCCGGCUUUCCUGUCCCUGGGGCUGAUGCUGCUUGUUUGUGGCCUUGUGUGGAUCCCCAUCAUCAGGAAGAAGCAGAAGCAGAGACAGAAGUCACAGUUUCUACAGAGCCUCAAGUCCUUCUUCUUUAACCGCUGAGAGCAGCCCAGGACCUUCCCGGGAAGGUUCCCCUCCCCUCUACCAAGUUGUGCUGAUUAGCCAUAAAAAGAAACACGUUCUUGUACUCUCCUAGAGGAUUUCAUCCCAGUAAGUCUCUUCCCUACAUGGUUUCCAGUGUCAAAAUGAACUUUGUAUUUCAUCCAAGUAAUGUCAGAAAAAAAGGGAGCAGGAUUUUCCAGCUGAGCCCAGCAAGGCAGUUCCAAACUCUCUGUGUCGUUGCGUCAGUGAGUGACCCAACAGCACAUGGUGGGGAAAGCAAAGCUCCCAAGUAACCUGGGCUAAAGCAAAGCUCCAAAGUUACCUGGCUCCCCCCAGGAGCUUCUGCAAGAUACAUCAGCAGAGAGGAGCCCUCUGACUGAGCAGUGAGCCAGGCUGGUGUGAACAUUGCUGCAAACUGCAGUUUGGGUGGAGAAACUGAGAGGCCAGAUGUGGUUCAUCCAGAGGUAGUGAAGAGGAGAAGCAGGACAAAAUAGUUCCAGAUCACUUUGUAUCAGAAGAGGCCACCACAAUGGGCAGUACACAUCCUCAGAGCUCAGGAGAACCAGACGUGAUGCCCAUGGCCAGAACAUUCCUGUCAUUCCUAGAAUCACAGAAUUAUUGAGGUUGGAAAAGAAUUCCAAGCCCAUGGAGUCUACCCUGUGCCUGAUUCCCACCUUGUCCCCCAGCCCAGAGCACUGAG